AUCACACGGGCUUUCAUUCCGAUUUGAAAUAGUAACUGGAAAAACAGUCAAAGGGAAAUGACGGACGAGGUUACGUUCCGUUCCCACAAGAUUUUACGAUGGAGUUUUUUGUGCCUCAACUUGUUAAUCCUGUUGAGCGGCAUUGUAUUAAUCUCCUUGUCGGCGUCGUCACUUGUACAACGUCAAGAAUUUGCAAAAGGAUCAGACAAACAGAAAUUUUUGGUGGUAAACGACAAAUAUAUGGUUAUGAACAUCGUGGUUGCAAUUGCCGUCAGCGGUCUACUCAUAUUUCUUAGCCUAUUCGGGAUGUGUGGUGCCUUUGGCGAGAAAAAAUGCCUGAUAUCUUGCUACCUGGUUUUCGUAUUACUAAAUCUUGGAUUCGUAAUUGUGGGAGGAAUAAUGGUUCUUCGCUUUUCCAAAAUAACCGAAAAUUCUCUGAAGGAAAACAUUUCUAAUUAUCACCACAAUAAAACUUCAAAAAUUCGUGUGGAUGAAAUCCGAAGCAAGCUAAAUUGCUGCGGAAUUCACGCCUUUUACAAUUUGACCUAUCUCCAAGCUGAAAAAGAAACCGUGACAACUUCAUGCUGUGUACCUGAACACAGAGAAGCUUGUCACGAUAUGCUAAAAGGACAAACAAUCCAAUUAUGGAAAUGGGAAGAAAUCAGUCAGAAAAUCUAUACCGAGGGAUGUCUGUCGGAAAUCACCAAAAUGAGUGAGCCAAUAUCCGAAUACAUUUUAUCAUUUUUUGUCGUUAUUGCAGUUAUUGAUUUAGCUGGAUUGUUGUUGUCGGUGGCGAUGUGUUGUGGCGUUUAAAAAUAUGUUU